UGAUUCCUCAGCGACUCGUCGGCUGCUCUCUGCUCCUCGCGGGCGUGAGGAAGUGAAGAACACGGAGGGUCUACUCUCGCUGAGGAGAACCUGAAGAAGAGCUAAAGGAGAAGGAGAAGAAGAACGAGAAGAAGAACAAGAAGAAGAAGAAGAAGAACAGGUGGUCUCUGGUCUUGGAGGAUGAGCUCUGACCGGCUGCCGUCCAGGGCGGAGGUGACGGGGUGGAGCCCACAGCAGCUGGCCGACUACCUGAAGAGGAUGAAUCUCUCCGGUUGUGAUAAAGUUGUUCUCAAGAACUCAAUCAGUGGAUCCAGAUUCGUGAAUCUGAGUGACAACGACCUUCAGAAGUUCCCCAAACUUCACGCUCCGAUGGUCUCUAAGUCCAGCGCUGACAUCAGCAGGAAGGAGCAGAGGAGAGGCCUGUUCGGUCAAAGGUCAGCAGUGGGUCUUGUCAGAUCAACACCCAAAUAUCAUGAACCAGCUGCUGCAGACGCUCCUCCUGACCUCCAGGGUUGGGCUGAAGACGAGUUUGAUGAUGAAGAGUUCGACGAUGACUAUGAGAGCCCGUUCAGCGGUGAUGAAGGCGAGGGCAGCGGGGGGGACUACGAGUCCCCCAAUGAAGACCUGGACGGGGCCAACGACUACGAGCCCCCCCCCACCGAGCCCCCGGGGGACCUGGUCCCCAAGCCCAGCCCCGCGCCCCCAGACAGCGACUACAUCGAUAGCCAUGUGUCCUCCAGGGGCCCGCCCCCUGCUGUGUCGCCCCGCCCCCCAGCCGCCACCCUGACUGCACCGUCCCCCCCGAUGCCAGCAGAGUCCAGAAGAGACCGCUCCCCAAACCCUCCUUCAGGACCGCCGCAGAUCUUUCGAUGCAACAAACCGGGUCGAGGUUCUGGAGCGCCCCCGCCCCCCAUCAGAGGCCCUCAGCGCCACGCGGCCCACACGCCGGGCCCUCGUCCUCACAGGCCUCAGAUGGACUCCCCCGACCCCCCCACCUGGUCCAAGCCACCGGUCCUCAGGAGCAGCUCCUCCGCCCGGCCUCCUCCCAACAGGUCCGAUGUGAGGAGAGAGCACAACGAAGCUCUGAAACACAGCAGCUCCUCCCUCCCUUCACAGCCAGGAGACAGUUUGCCGCCCAGCGCUGCGUCUGCAGGACCUCUGACCCACAAGCUGCCGGCCGCGAUGACCAGACACAGAAGCAGCUUGGUAGCAUCCCAGUCGCUCCGUCCUCCUCCACCUGCGUCCCUAAACACACAGGAGCUGGAUCCGCGCUGGUACGUGGGCAAGGUCACCAGAGGUCAAGCUGAAGGAUGUCUGAGGCGAGUCAACAAGGACGGGGCCUUCGUGGUGAGGGACAGCAGCCAGCAGCAGCCCCUGCAGCCCUUCACCCUCAUGGUGCUCUACCAGCAGAAGGUCUUCAACAUCCAGGUCCGGCAGCAGCAGCAACACUUCCUGCUGGGGACAGGCCUCAAAGUGCAGGAGCUCUUCCCCUCAGUGAGCGGCAUCGUCGCUCAUUACUCCCAGAAUCCUUUGCUCCUCAUCGACGCCAAGAACCGCGCCUCCGGACAGCAGAACCAGUGUCAGCUGGCCGACCCGGCCGGGGACCAGAUGAGCAGGCAGCAACGGUCCUGAUGGGGUCACAGAACUAAACCAAAGAAAAAAACAAAAAAGUCAGAAUUAGUUCAAACGUCUGAUUUGUGCACACGUUGCUUCAUUUGCUUAUUUUCUAAAACUGUAAUAUUUACUUUUUGUCUCUUUAAAAGUUUUAGGUUGUAAAUAUGUGUGAAUUACAAGUACAAGUAGGUGUGUGAACGCUGUAUUUGUACAACAUUAAAGUAGAUUCAGGAUUCAAACUGUUCAUGUAAGAAGCUGAGCUGAAUAAAUCCCAAGUUCCUUGAUUGUAUUUAC